GUCUGCUGUCAGCCACGGUGCGGCCCGUCUGGGACAGGCGCGGGGGAGCGAGACAUGACAGCCAAUCUGACAAGCUUCCAGCAGAGGGCUUCUUUUUUCCUUUGCAGAAGCCAUGUUCGCUGAGCGGGUAUGCAGAGUCAGCGUGAGACAAGCUCAGCCUUAGAAUGCUGUACAAGUUGUGCAUGAGAUAUACUAUUGUUGAAGUUUUAUCGAAUUGUGGUUGCUGACUGUGUUGUUUUGAGGUGACGAUGGGGGCAGUUUCACGGCUCAGCUUUGGGGUCAGUCUCACUUCUGUGUCUCCUCAUGAAACGAUGAAGUAUAUAUCUUGGUCUAGAAUCCUGUCGAAACGGAAGAUCAGACAACAAUAGUUUCCUUAUACAUUCGCUCAAUAUCAAUAAUCGAUAAUCAUAAUCAACAUGUCUGUCCACAAUAUCACUGUCCCGUAUGUCGAUGUCAAAGACUUCGACUGGGGUUUCAACCGAACGGGUCCUUUGCCAUGGAAUCAAACAGUCUGGGCUAUUCUCGCUGUCUUUACAGCUGUCCCACUAUGGAUGACAGUCGAAUUGACCAUCUGGGUCUUCUACGUCUUCCGUCGCUGGUCAGGACUCUACUUCUGGAGCGUCUUGAUCUGUACCUGGGGAGUAACUAUCCACGCCAUCGGCUUUAUCCUCAAGUUCUGUGUUCCAUCAUGCAACUGGAUCGUCAGCACAACACUCGCUGAAAUCGGCUGGGUCUCAAUGGUAACCGGCUUCUCAGUUGUCCUCUACUCACGCCUCCAUCUCGUCGUCCGCUCUCAACGCAUCCUGAAAUUCGUACUCAUCAUGGUCAUAACCGACGCUUUCCUUUUUCACGUCCCUACAAUUGUCUUCCAAUAUGGUGUCUCCGCAAACAAGAAAACGCACCAGUACUACCUCCCGUUCAUGGCACCCAUGGAGCGUGUUCAAGUCCUCGGGUUCUCCAUCCAAGAAGUUCUCAUCUCUGGGAUCUACAUCUGGGCUACUCUUCGUAUGCUGAAGGGCUCAUUCAACAAGAAAAUCCGUAACACGAUUAUGUUCCUCAUCCUGAUCCAAGUCGUCGUUAUCCUGGCGGACGUCAUUGUCAUCACUCUCGACUACUGCGAAUACUUCACCCUGAAAGCAGUCCUCCACUCCUUCGUCUAUGCAUUCAAACUCCAGCUCGAAUUCGUCAUCCUCAAUCAAUUCAAAGACGUCAUCGCCAACGGUGGAAUCGCUCCCCGCGGCCUCGAAGCCAUGCAAGCCGAGCAGAACGACAAUCUCUCACCAACGCCCCCAAACAAACCUGCUGCGUCGCAGAAGAAAUGGGGGAGUUUCAUUACCAUUGGGAGAGUUGGGACGGUUGAGAGCGAGAGUAAGACGGAAGGGAGCGGAUCGGUGACUGUGAAGGGUGCGCAGACGCCGCCGCAGCCGGAGAUUCAGGGUAUGGUGUUGGAUCCGGAUCAGAUCUCGCCGUAUGUGGCGGGGCAUACGGAUACGUUGGAUAUCGAGAGGCAGUAUCUUGGGGCUUGGGAUAGACCGGAUGUUAAAGGUGCUGGGAACAUGGUUUGAGGUUGCGGGAAGGAUGGAGGAGACAAGGAGAUUGUAUUGUCGAGCGUGAGAUCGAAGUGUGUAGUAGAUAGAAUCAGGGAGAUGAUCGUAUAACCC